AUGCGCUUCCACUCAACGGCUCGAUUACUACAGUUCAUUCUCACAGCAACUUGCAUGGCAGAUUACGCAUAUUCAAUACCGUCAACACCUCCUUCGACGCCCGGCUCACUACAUAAGCGCUACGAGUAUGGUGUCAGCAAGGAAAGGUUUAUCAAGAGGUCUACUGAACAUGUUGUCACAACCGGUAUACACGUCGGAAAGGGCCCUGAUGGUUCACUGCCACAACGGCUGGAAAUCAGAGAAUUGGAGAAAGAUAAAUUGAUGUGGACAUUGUAUAUUCUUGGUUUGGACAUGUUGCAGUGGACGCCACAGACUGAUAAGUUCUCUUGGUACCAGAUCAUGGGAAUCCAUGGUCGUCCAUUUCAACCUUAUGAUGGCGCUGUUGCUGGACCUGGUGGGGAGACUCAUGGGUAUUGUUCUCAUGUUUCGAGUCUGCUUCCCACUUGGCAUAGACCGUAUCUUGUUUUCUAUGAGCAAGUACUUCAUGGGUUGGUUCAAGAGAUUGCAGCUAUGUUCCCAGAGGGAGAAGUACGAGACAACUAUACAACUGCGGCAGAAAAAUUUCGAAUUCCUUAUUGGGAUUGGGCUGCCCCUCCGCCACCGGGCGAAGAUGUCUUUCCGGAGAGUGUUGGUGCGUUGCCAUAUGUUGAUGCUGAUGGUCCAGCUGGAGUACAAAGAAUUGCAAAUCCUCUGUUUAGUUAUCAGUUUCAACCUUUGGAUACGAAACAGCUCCCAAAUCUACCCUUUACUCUGUACCCACAGACAAUGAGAUAUCCAGAUGCAGUAGUAGGUGACGCUACCUCUCAGAACCAUCAGGUCACCACGAACAUGGACAAAAACUCUGGAGUCUUCCGCAGCAGACUAUACAACCUCUUCACAAACUACCGCGACUACUCGACCUUCAGCAACGAAGCUUGGAUUCCAGAAAGCAACAUGGGUGAGUUCGACUCCCUAGAAUCUAUCCAUGACCAAGUCCACGGUUUUACCGGGGGUGGAGGUCAUAUGAGUUACAUUGACUACUCAGCUUUUGAUCCCCUCUUCAUGCUUCAUCACACUAUGGUCGAUCGUUGUUUUGCAAUCUGGCAAGUCAUCAACCCUGACAGUUACGUCGAGCCCAUGCCCGCUCAAUUCGCCAGCUACACCGUUCCUGUCGGAUCGAUCGUUGAUAUGCAUACCCCACUCCAACCAUUCUACAAUUCCUCAGGCGGAUUCUGGGAUUCAUCUUCCAUUCGCUCCACUGAAACGUUCGGCUACGUAUACCCUGAAACCGCCAGUAAUGGAACAGGUAUCGAUAAAGCUCUUGUCAUCAACGCCAUCAACAGACUCUACGGCCCAGACACAACCGAUUCAGAACUUCCCAUCCGCGCAGAUGCCCAAAUCAGAGAUACAGCACAUACAUACGAAUACCAAGAAUGGAUCGCCAACAUCCUCGUUCGUAAACAUGCUCUUUCGGGUCCUUUCUUUAUUCACCUCUUCCUCGGUCCCAUCGAUCCGGAUCCCAAAAAUUGGUCGACCUCGAAGAGUUUGAUCGGUUCGCAUUGUAUCUUUGAUAGGAUUGAUGCUGAUGAGAGGGGGUUGGGGUGUAAUUGUACGGGGGAUCUGGUUACGGGGACGAUCCCGCUUACGGGGGCGUUGAGGGAGGUUGUGAGAAGGGGUUUGGAGGGGGCUGUGGAGGGGGAGGGGAAUGAUGGUUUGAAUGGGGGUGGAUUGGAGGGGUUGAAGAGUUUGGAGAGGGAAGAUGUUGAGCCGUUUCUAAAGAGGAACUUGAGGUUUAAAUUGAGUUUUCUUAAUUAUACGGGGGUGGAGGCGGAGAGGGUGGAUAGUUUGAGGAUUAAAGUUGUUACUGCGAGGGUGGUGAGGGGUGGGGAGGGGAGGUUGCCUGUUUGGGGAGGGUUUGUGGAGGUUGGGGGGGUGGGUGAGGGGUGA